CUUUCUUUCUUUUAAUUUUUUUUUGUCCAAAUCAUCUUACUUUCCUCCAUUUCUUCUUCUCUUUCGAAGUUCUGGUCUAUGGGCUGCUGAACCUGAGUAGAAAUCUUCGGAAGCAGAAGAAAAACAUGUAAAGUGCUCCUCCAUCUUGCUCUAUUACGCUUUAUCUUGACCUAGCAAAGAAGCUGAAAUUGCGGACAUAUGACAUUCUGACUGUACCACAAAUAUGGAUUUCUUGAAGUUUAAAUCUUCAGGUGGUGCUUCUCUUUGUAACGCAUCUUCAAAUUUCAGUAAUACAAUGCUUGAGAAGAACCAUUUUGAACAACCGGGGAGAAUUAGUCAUCACGCUGUUGAGACUGAUGUGGAUGUAGAUCUUAGAGAAGUGUACUUUUUGAUUAUGCAUUUUCUAUCUUCUGGUCCUUGUCAGAGGACUUUUGGGCAACUCUUUGAUGAACUUCUGGCACAUCAGCUUCUGCCUAGACGAUAUCAUGCUUGCUAUUCAAGUAACAGUGUCGGCAAUGAAAAUGAUGACGGUGAUGGGAUCUCUCUCCCGUUGAGUUACAGUAAAUUGGUGGAAAGGUAUUCUCAUAUUGAGAAGGAUCAUUUGGUGAAGCUUCUAAAGCAAUUGAUAAUGUUUACAGCCUCUCCUGGGCAUGGCAAGGUUGGAGACAGUGCUCCAAAUGCAGCUGAUGUUCCUACAUUGCUGGGAUCUGAUUCCUUUUCGCUUCUGAAUUGUGAUAGGAGGGUGGAGAAUAAGCGAGUUAAGCCUCUACCUGCAUACAUGCGGUGGCCUCAUAUGCAGGCCGAUCAAGUGCGUGGGCUUUCUUUGAGAGAAAUUGGAGGUGGUUUUACGAAGCAUCGUCGUGCACCAUCUAUUCGUUCUGCAUGUUAUGCCAUUGCUAAACCGUCGACGAUGUUCCAAAGGAUGCAGAAUAUGAAGAAAUUACGAGGGCACCGAGAUUCCGUCUAUUGUGCUAUAUUUGAUCGCACAGGGAGAUAUGUAAUUACUGGUUCAGAUGAUCGUCUUGUUAAGAUUUGGUCAAUGGAAACGGCUUACUGCUUAACCAGUUGUCGUGGACAUGAAGGUGACAUUACUGACUUGGCCGUUAGUUCUAACAAUCUUUUGGUGGCUUCUGCUUCAAAUGAUUUUGUCAUUCGAGUUUGGCGAAUACCAGAUGGAGCACAAAUUUCGGUUUUACGUGGGCAUACUGGAUCUGUUACUGCCAUUGCGUUUAGUCCCAGGCCUACCUCUGUCUACCAGCUUUUAUCGUCAUCAGAUGAUGGAACUUGUCGAAUCUGGGAUGUAAGGUCUUCCCAAUGCAGUCCACUCAUUUACCUACCAAACCCUAGCGCUGCUAUUGGUAAGAGCAAUGGCUCAUCUAUCCAUGGAUCCUUAUUCAGUAAUGGUUUACAGAGCCACCAAAUUCUCUGCUGUGCUUAUAAUGCCAAUGGAACUUUUUUUGUCACCGGAAGCUCUGACACGUAUGCAAGAGUCUGGAGUGCUUGUAAACUUAAUGUUGAGGACUCGGAACAACCCAUUCAUGAGUUAGAUUUACUAUCUGGCCAUGAAAAUGAUGUCAAUUAUGUGCAAUUUAGCGGUUGUGCAGUGCCCACAAGAUCAUCAACUUCUGACAUUGUGAAGGAGAACAUUCCAAAGUUCAAAAAUUCCUGGUUCUGUCAUGACAACAUAGUUACCUGUUCUCGUGAUGGUAGUGCAAUAAUCUGGAUUCCAAGAUCACGUAGAUCCCAUGGAAAAAUUGGACGCUGGGUACGUGCUUAUCAUCUAAGAGUUCCACCUCCACCGUUGCCUCCUCAACCUCUUCGAGGAGGGCCGCGCCAGAGAUUACUUCCAACACCUCGGGGUGUCAAUAUGAUCAUAUGGAGCCUGGAUAAUCAUUUUGUUCUUGCAGCUAUAAUGGAUUGCAGAAUAUGCGUUUGGAAUGCUGUUGAUGGUAGCUUAGUUCAUUCCCUGACUGGUCACACUCAAUCUUCUUAUGUUUUAGAUGUUCAUCCUUUCAAUCCUCGGAUAGCCAUGAGUGCUGGCUAUGAUGGGAAAACCAUAGUUUGGGAUAUAUGGGAGGGCUCUCCUAUCAGGACAUAUGAAGUUGGGCCCUACAAGUUGGUUGAUGGGAAGUUUUCUCCGGAUGGGACAUCGAUUGUACUUUCUGAUGAGGUAGGGCAGAUAUAUUUACUCAACACAGGUCAGGGUGAGUCUCAAAAGGAUGCCAAGUAUGAUCAGUUCUUUCUCGGGGAUUAUCGCCCCCUUAUCAGAGACAGUUCAGGAAAUGUUCUUGAUCAGGAGACACAACUUCCUCCUCAUCGAAGGAACAUCCAAGAUCCUCUUUGUGAUUCAAGUCUAAUUCCUUAUCCGGAACCUUAUCAAACCAUGUACCAGAAUCGUCGACUUGGUGCCUUGGGUCUUGAGUGGCAUCCUUCAUCUAUAAAUCUUGUUGUUGGCCAAGAUAUCAGUUUAGGCCAAGAUUAUCUAAUGCCUCCUUUGGAGGAUUUGGAUAGAAUUUUUGAGCCACUACCACAGUUUAUAGAACCCAUGUACUGGGAACCAGAAAAUGAAGCUGUGAGUGAUGACCCUGAUUCGGAGUACAAUGUUGCGGAGGAAUGUUUCAGUGAAGGCGAGCGAGAUAGUUUGGGUUCCCACUAUUCUAGUGAACCUGAACGUAGUGCAGAUGACAGUGAUCCAGUGGCAGGUAAUAAAGAUGGUCUUCGCAAGUCAAGAAGAAGAAAUCAUGCCACUGGAAUGGAGAUGACUUCAGGAGGAUGUGUCAGAAAGAGAAAUUCUGAUGAAUAUGAUGGCUCUUUAUCUGGAAGCAACAGAGUUAAGAAAUCAAAAAGUUGGCGGAAAGCUUCCAAGAGGAAGUCCUCCACAAAAUCCUUGAGACCACAACGAGUUGCCGCUCGCAAUGCUCUAAGUAUGUUCUCAAAAAUGAAUGAAAGGUCUACGGAUGGGGAUGAUGUAGAUGAUUCUGAAGAUGAUUCUUCAGACAGUGACUUGGUGCUGCAAGAUUCAGGGAGCUGGAAAUUGGAUAGAAACUUCGAGCAUCUGAAGGAUACACGCAAAGAUCAACCAUCAUUGGUUGGUUCUGAAGAUAUAGUAAGGACUUCUGAAGUUUCUGAGUUGCAAUUAAAUUCUGGAAGCAGGAAGAGAUUAGUUGUUAAGUUUACUCGUCCUAAAAAGCCCGUCCCUUCAGAAGAAGGCAGACCAAUUAGUGGCAAAGAGGCUGAUUCUACGAACCCGUCUUUUCAAGAACAUACAGAAGAGCACAUGGUUGGUAUAAGCUCAAAAUAUGCAGAGUUAUCUUCCUCAAAUGGCAUGGAUGAUCAGCCAUGCCAGAAUCACAAAGGUGUUUACACUGCAGAAGGUAGGCAUCCUGAUAGGGCUGAGGACUGUGCGGUUGAAUGUGCAGGUGAGAAAGGGAAAAAAAUCGGAUGGAGAGAGGUUAGGAUUUGCACCUCAAAAAGCUCACUAUUGGAAGGUGGCAUGCCAUCUGAUGCAUACACUGAAAAUUUUGAUACCCAGAAGGAAAGCUCAAGAGACGUGAAUAGGGAUGAUAAGCAAUUUGGAAGUGAUGCAUUGCAGGAAGCAACUGUUGUGGAAAUCAGAAAGCCUUCUCCUGAUACUGAGUCGUCACCUCUGAUUGACUGUAAACAGAAAGCUGAUACUUCCACAACCUCACCUCUAAUUGACCACAAACUGAAAGGGAAAGCUGAUGCUUCCACAGCCUCCGGUACUGAAAAUCUCAAAGAGAACGCUCUACCUAAGUUAAAAUUUAUAAUAAAAACGAAAAGUACUUCACAUGACUCUAGAAGUCUUUCUAAUGUAAUAACUGCAGUAGAUGAGCAGCACAAUGAUAGGAGGUAUGAUGUAAUGUCUGGAAGUCACUCAUGCAUGGUGCAUGAUCAUACUCUGACAGAAUCAGAGAAAGGUUCUGGUAGAUCAAGUUUUCAGCAUUCACUUCAAGCAGAUUCAAAGUUGAAGAUCGGCAAUGUUGUUCAGGAAAAGGAAAAGGCACAUGUGGCUAGAACUGAUCCAUUAGGUUUUUACGGUAUUAUUGGAGAAGAGACUUCAAGUUUGGCACACUACCAUCACUCAGGAACUGAUUUAUCCGAAGCAUCAAGUGACAUAUUACGUAGGACAAGAUCCAUGACAAUGAAGGCAACUUCGCAAGGGCCAAAUUCCAACUGUAGUUUUAAGAUGCGAGAAAUGCAUGGAUUCGUGGGAUCGUCAAAGAAUGAAGGGCGGUUCUCCAAAAAAGCAUGUGAUCAACAAUGGGUAUCUGGUUCAAAAGGAGCAGUUAGGUUAAGGUCUUCUAGAAACAAGCAGGGUGACCCAGGCAUUUUGACUGGAAAGGAGUCGGAGUCAAAUCACGCCAUCAGAAAAUUAUCAUGGCUGAUGUUGUCAAAGCAGGAGGGGGGUUACUCUUAUAUCCCUCAGCUUGGUGAUGAAGUUGCAUAUUUAAGACAGGGACAUCAAGGUUGUAUUAGAAUGAUUGGCUUACCAGAUGUAGGCCCUUGGACUAAGGGUAACGUACGUGCGGUUGAGAUCUGCAAGGUUAAAAAGCUUUCUUAUGCCACUCUUCCUGGUUCUGGGGACUGUUGCUGUAAAAUAACAUUGAAAUUUGUUGAUCCUUCAUCUGAUUUUUUUGGUCAAACAUUCGAGUUGACCCUACCUGACCUCAUCAGUUCUCCUGAUUUUGUCGUGGAGAAAACAUGGUUUGAUGAUUCCUGCAGUAGAAAUUGGGCCAAUGGGGAUAAAUGCUGGGUGUGGUGGAGAUCGAAUGAGAAUGGGGAAGGCGGUAGUUGGUGGGAAGGCAAAAUUAUCUCUUCAUCGGCUAUGUCUGAUAAAUUUCCUAAUAGUCCAUGGGAAAGAUAUUGUGUUCAAUAUGAGGGAGAUGAUGAGUUCCAUCUCCACUGUCCCUGGGAACUUCAUGACUCUGUCAUUCCAUUGGAUCAUGCACAUAUAGAUUUUGGAAACCGAGACAAGCUGCUGGAUCUAUUUGCUAAAUUGGAGCAGUCAGUGACUAGACACCAGGAUUGUUAUGGUUUCCAAAAAUUGAAUGACGCUGCUCAAAAGGUGGAUUUUCUCAACAGGUUUGCUGUCCCUCUAUAUCCUGAAAUAAUCGAGUUGAGGUUAAAGAAUAAUUACUACCGGAGAGUUGAAGCUCUGAAACAGGAUAUAGCUGUGAUGCUGUCAAAUGCCGAAUUAUAUUUUGCCAAGAGUGCUCAGUUAUCUGCGAAAGUGAAGCACCUAAAAGAUUGGUUUACGAGGAAACUGUCAAGAUUUUGAGGAAGUUAUGAUGCAGAUGUCCUAACUUCUUCAUCUUUUUGAUUGUAGUUGAUUCGGUUUUCAUAUUUGAACUCGAGGGAGUUUUGUUUUUUUCCACACUUCCUCACGAUUGUUGCAAUGACCACAGUGAUAAAAUAGAAGGGAAAAAAGGGGUAGUUUUUUCCAUUUUAGCAAAAAAAAAAAAAAAGAAAAGAAAAGAAAGGAGGAAUUCUGCAUCUGAUGUUGAGAACCCUUUUAUUCAGAUCUCUCGCCAUCGGUUUUGUCGGCUUUGUUCUUGCAA